UCAUCUUUCUCUGUAUUCUACGUACGGAACAAGUUCCAAAUAUUAUAUGGAAAACAUCAAAAACCCUAAGAACCUAGAUGAUUGUACGGACAGCAUAUCGAGAAACAGUACUCACCAAAGCGUUGCUGAUUCCCUGAACCAGUCAAGAUCAUACAUAUGCAGUUUCUGCAUAAGAGGCUUCUCAAAUGCUCAAGCACUAGGAGGGCAUAUGAACAUCCACAGAAGGGACAGAGCUAAACUGAGACAAAAGCUUAUGGAAGAUAAUAAGGAUCAUGAUGAUGUGGUCGUCGCCGAGAGUGAUUCAUCAGAAGUUGUCUCUCUAGACCUCAACGAACAACAACAAGAAAAGGCUUUGACAUGUGAUGAUCAAGAUGUUGACAGAGAUAAAAGCCCUAAUCAGAAAGUAGGGUUUUGGGUUCAAGAAAGCAAGUUUGGUACUAGUGAUAACGGAAAGGUCACGGAGGUUAGCAUAGAUGGUUCGAGUUCGAGUCAUCAUGGUGAGAUUGGAGGCUUGGAUCUAGAGCUUCGGUUAGGCCAAAGUGUUGUGGAGAAGAAGAAAACGUAAACUCUGAAUGAUCAAAUCUCACAUAUAUAUCGAUUGCAUUGUAUCAAGGGAGAACAAGCCUUGAAACGUACAUGGAUCAAAAUCUCGAAUCCGUCUAUUACAAAAUGGAUUCGUGGCUCAGAUUUGUAUCGAAAGGUAUGCAUGUGUACAUAUUAUUGCUACCCUUAUCAUUGAUGUAUUGACAUUUGUUUCCUUGUUAAUUUGGGUUAAUUUCACCAACAAUCUUUGUAAAUGACAUACACGUACGUCCAAAGAAACAUAUAUAUUAGAAAUAUAUAUAUGAUGUUUGCUU